UUUAUUCUGAAAUCCUUAACGGAAAUGAGUUGCAUUGUGAUCAACCGACCAGAGCAACCGUUGGCGGCAGUUAGCUAACGUCUCCGUCCGACGUGUACACAUGGCGCAUUUUUCGGUGGAAUCGGGACAUAGGAGCAGCCUAUUUCUGCCGAUGGUGGAUGUCACAGAAGCUUGUUAAGGCCGGCUAACUUGGGUUACCUCCGCCGCCCCCUUCUGUUGUAAUGGAUGAGGAUUUUCUGCUCGCCGUUCAGCUGCAGGAGCAGUUUGACAGCGAGUACGAGACCUCGUCCUUUUCUUCGACCUGUUUCGGGGACAGCGGCUUCGGGCAAAGCAGUAAGAAGCGAAAAGUGGAGGUGGCCGCUGGAAGCGGCGGCGAGGUUGUUCCCCACCGGAAGCCGGCUCCCCGGCCCGAGAGGCCGCUGUCCAUCGUGGACGAGUCCUGGGAGACGCUGGACCCCAACCCCGAUGCCAGAGCCAUGUUUCUGGAGUUCAAUGACAUGUUCUUCUGGGGGAAACUCAGCGGUGUCGAGGUUAAGUGGAGCCCCAGGAUGACACUGUGUGCUGGUGUGUGUUCCUACGAGGGCCGAGGUGGACUGUGUUCGAUCAGACUCAGUGAGCCCCUGCUGAAGCUGAGACCGAGGAAGGACCUGGUUGAGACUCUCCUCCAUGAAAUGAUUCACGCGCUCCUGUUUGUGACCCAGAACAACCGAGACAGAGACGGGCACGGACCCGAGUUCUGCAAACACAUGAGCCGGAUCAACAAGGCCAGUGGGACGAAUAUUACCGUCUACCACAGCUUCCAUGAUGAGGUUGACGUGUACCGGCAGCACUGGUGGCGAUGCAACGGGCCCUGCCAGAACCGCAAGCCCUACUUUGGCUACGUGAAGAGGGCCAUGAACCGGGCUCCGUCGUCUUUGGACCCUUGGUGGGAGGACCACCAGAGGAAGUGUGGCGGGACGUACACCAAGGUCAAGGAGCCUGAGGGAUACGGCAAAAAAGGCAAGAGGGAUGGCAAAAAGCACGGGAAGGCCUCAGAUAUGACGGCCUCGGGAAAUGGCAAGCCUUCAAGUACAACUGCAGGUUCUGGCUCACAGGAUAUAAGGAAUAUUAUCCCAUUUAGUGGCAAAGGCUUCCUACUCGGAGGCAAGCCACAGUCCUCCACGUCUUCCUCCCCAUCUCGCAAACCACCAGUGGCUGUUGUGAAACCACCUCCGUCCAGCCCCAUCUCCCCUCCCAUGAAACUCUUCACCCCUUCAUCCCCGGCUAAAACUCUCGCCUCUCCUGUCCGCUCUGGCCCGGAUAACCCCGGGACCUCCAGUGCCCUUCCCUCCGUCAGGCCAGCAGCCUCCACGGGGCAGAGGCCACCCAUAAAGAGGUCUGUCAGUAACACUAGGGUUUUUGUCAACAUCAACGGUUCGCCGGUUAGAAUCCCUAGACCUCACAGUAGCAGCAGUAGCCAGGGAACAGAGAAGAUAAAGCAAAGGUUGAUUCAAGACCUCUUCAAAAGCACCGGCGUCAGGAAAUCAGCGGGCCAGUCCUCUUUCUCAAAUACAGAGACUCAAAGAGAUUCACUGACAUCACCCAUGAGUGCUACCUCUGCCUCUUCCUUCUUUCCUAAACAAGAAAGCUCUUCCUCUCCCACCGCACCUGAGCCUGGUCCUGGCAAAUCCAGCCAUUCUAAGUAUCCGUCUGCAGUUCCGAACAAAGGAAGCCCCGCUAGACCAAUGCAGUCAGAAUAUUUCAAUCAUUCCAACAGUGACGGUACAUUAGGAGUUGCUGGUGGGGGUCAGACCUCGAGGAAGAGGACGUGGGACGACCGCAGCAGCUCCGCCAGCAUCUCCGACUUCUUCCAGAAAACACUAGGCAGCGAUUCAGCAGCAUCCAGGGCGGCGAUAAAGACCAAAACGCCCGCAGUGCAGCAGAGAACUGUCACCGCCACCUCCUCCUCUGCGUCUUCUCCUCCCUCCUCCGCGGGAGUGCACGGCUUUACCUCCUCCUCUUCCACUUCCUCUGCGCUGAUGGUCAGCUGUCCUGUGUGCCAAGCAAAGGUGCAGGAGUCAAAGAUCAACGAGCACCUUGAUUCCUGCCUCUCCUGAACAGGGAGGAAUAAAACCAACUUCCAAAAAAGUCAGCAGAUGUGUCAGGGAAUUUGCUGUGUUGAUAUUGGCUAGUUAGCGAUAUUACAUCCCUUUUUCUAAAGACUGGUCAGAUGUUUUUACCACCAGAUUGGAUUUUUAUUCUCUGGGCUUGUCAGUGUUACCUUACUGUAAUAAUAAUAAUAAUUCUUCUAUCACGAGUGCCUGUCUGACAGCCCGUGCCUUACCAUGCCAAGAGAAGAGCGGGAUUUAACAGAUAAUGUAAGUUCACUGAUUUUUUUUUUUCAUUUUCAUCAGGUAAAACAAAACAAAAGAAACAGAAUUCCAGUAAAUUCUGUAAAUUCCACCUCAGAUCUGCAUCUGCUGCCCUUCAGACAGCAGGAGACACCAACUGACCUCUGCUGAUCUGUGGGAAUCGGAUUUCACGCUCGCAAGCUAUUUAUUUCUAGUCCUCUUCACAGUGACGCUGCACCCAUCUGCGGGGUCAGGCAGUGCCAGGGUGUC